UGGAGAACGUCUGGAGCAGCCUUUAAAUUCUGAGAGGUCCUGGUUGUCAGCAGCAGGGAGAGGAGGCGGCCAGAGUGCAGCACUGAGCACAGACAGCAUCAGCACCGCCUGGGACCGGGCUCUUCUCCGCCGCCGCAGACCAAGGAACAUUCAUUACGAUGAGAAUUGCAGUGAUUUGCUUCUGCCUCUUGGGCAUCGCCUCCGCCCUUCCAGUUAAACACACUGAUUCUGGCAGCUCUGAGGAAAAGCAGCUUUACAACAAACACCCAGAUGCUAUAGCCACAUGGCUAAAGCCUGACCCAUCUCAGAAGCAGACUUUCCUAGCACCACAGAAUACUGUGUCCUCUGAGGAAACUGCUGACAACAAGCAAGAGACCCUCCCGAGUAAGUCCAAUGAAAGCCCUGAGCACACAGACACUGUGGAUGACGAAGAGGAUGGAGACAGCCAGGACACUGACGCAAAUGACUCCAAUGACGCUGACCAUUCCGACGAGUCUUACCAUUCUGAUGAAUCUGAUGAAGUGGUCACUGAUUUUCCCACUGACGUUCCAGCAACCUCCGUUUUCACUCCACCUGUCCCGACCGGAGACACAUACGACGGCCGAGGUGAUAGUGUGGCUUAUGGACUGAGGUCGAAAUCUAAGAAGUUCCGCAGAUCUGAAGUCCAGUAUCCAGAUGCCACAGAGGAGGACGUCACGUCACACGUGGAGAGCGAGGAGGUGGGUGAUGCACCCAAGGCCAUCCUGGUUGCCCAGCGCCUCCACAGGGCUUCUGACUGGGACAGCCGUGGGAAGGACAGUCAGGAGACGAGUCAGCCGGACGACCGCAGUAUGGAAACCCACAGCCGCGAGCAUUCCAAAGAAUUCAAGCUGAAGGCCGAGGAUGAGAGCAAUGAGCGUUCCGACGUGAUUGAGAGUCAGGAUAAUUCCAAAGUCAGCCAUGAGUUCCACAGCCAAGAAUUCCGCAGCCGGGAAGACAAGCUAGUCCCAGACCUUAAGAGUGAAGAAAACAAACCCCUGAAAUUUCGCGUUUCUCAUGAAUUGGAUAGUGCCUCUUCUGAGGUCAAUUAAAAGGAGAAAAAUACAGUUUCCUACUUUGCUUUUAGUAAAAAGAAAAAAUACAUUAUAGCAGAGUGGGACAGAAUAUGAAAUGCUUAUUUCUCUGCUUAGUUGGUGAAUGUAUAUGUGUGUGGAUCUGGAAACAGAUCAUGGUUUUGAUCAUUAGUUUAGUGUGUGACUUCAUGGUAACACCCUUGUAAACUAAAAGCUUCAGGGUUUAGCCUAUGUUCUUUCCAUCUAAGAAAUGCAAACCAUCACUGCAUUUUAAUGUUUGCUACCCUUUUAUGAAAAGAAGUUUAUGUAGAAGCAAAAAAAAACUUUUACACACUUAGAGAAUAUAAAAUUUCAUGUCACUAUGAUCUUUUGUUUUUUAAAUUAGUUUAUAUUUUGUUGUGAUUAUUUUUGUUGGUGUGAAUAAAUCUUAUAUCUCGAAUGUAA